UUUCUGCUGGAGUCUUUGGAGGACCUGGACAGCAGUUUGAGGAAGCUGAAUUCUAGACUGUUUGUGGUGCGUGGCCAACCUGCCAACGUGUUUCCCAGUCUCUUUAAGGUACAGUGUCAAGUGACGUUUAGCCCUACAACUUUGAUUUUGGGUUAUACUGGUUUAUGUAAUAAGCAUUUUAAUUGAAUUGGCUACAGCAAAAGCACAUAUGUCUACAGUUGCUAGCAGUGACUUUUAAAAACAUAUUGGCCAAAACGUAUUACUGUACUUUAGCACAAGACAGUUAAGCUAUCUCAUUCUCUCAUUGCCAGCCUUGUCAAUACCCAAGUCUUUUCUUACCUGGAUGUGAUGUAGACGAGGCUACUACUCCUUAAUGACUGGAAUCAGUGGGUGUAUUGAGUUGUGAUGGUUCACUACACCUUGAAUCAUGGGGCAAUGCAGUGAACAUCUUCCAUGGUAUGGCUUCAUUCGGAUUAUCAUAAUAGUAUUCUACAGCACCAUGCAUUUGAGUAAUACUGUGUCACCUGUGCUAUUGCGACCCUAGCUAACGUGUGUCUGACAGAGCUGCAUUGUUUUGGAAGGGUCACCUUUGAUCUCCAGUCACAAAAUAUAUGACCACGAAUAACAUAAUAUUACCCUCAUUAUUGUAAAGUUAAGCUACAGAUUUAUUUUGUCUAGUUUUUGAUUAUUUCUGUACUUGUCUGACAUUUUACUGCACAUUUAGGAGCUAGUAACACAAGCAUUCGCUGCACCUGCUAUAACAUCUGCUAAACUGUGUACGUGACCAGGAUGCGUACCCAUAGCAUGCACUGACCAGCUGGCAAGUGUCUUCACUGACAUUUUCAACCUCUACCUGACCCAGUCUGUAAUACCUACAUAUUUCAAGCAGACCACCAUAGUCUCUGUGCCCAAGAACGCCAAGGUAACCUGUCUAAAUGACUAUCGCCCCGUAGCACUCGCAUCUAUAGCCAUGAAAUGCUUUGAAAGGCUGGUCAUGUCUCACAUCAACACCAUCAUCCCAGACACCCUGUACCCACUCCAAUUCACAUACCUCCCCAACAGAUCCACAGAUGACACGAUCUCUAUUGCACUCCAUGCUUCCUUUUCCCACCUGGACAAAAGGAACACCUACGUGAGAAUGCUGUUCACUGACUACAGCUCCGUGUUUAACACCAUACUGCCUUCCAAACUCAUCAUUAAGCUAAGGACCCUGGAACUGAACACCUCCCUCUGCAACUGGAACCUGGAGUUGAUCGUGGACUACAGGAAAGGGAGGGCUGAGCACACCCCAUUCACAUCGACUGGGCUGUAGUGCAGUGGGUCGAGAGCUUCGAGUUCCUCUGUGUCCACAUCACUAAGGACCUAUCAUGUUCCAAACACACCAACCCAGUUGUGAAGAGGGAACGACAAUGCCUCAUCCGACUCAGGAGGCUGAAAAGAUUUGGAAUGGGCCCUCAGAUCCUCAAAGUUCUAGAGCUGCACCAUUGAGAGCAUCUUGACUGGCUGCAUCACCGCUUGGUAUGACAGCUGCUUGGCAUCCUACCGUAAGGCGCUACAGAGUGUAGUGCGUAUGGCCCAGUACAUCACGGAGGCCGAGCUCCCUGCCAUUCAGGACCUCUAUACCAGGUGGUGUCAGAGGAAGGCCCUAAAUAUUGUAAGACUCCAGCCACCCAAGUCAUAGACUGCUUUCUCUGCUACCGCACGGCAAGCGGUACCGGAGUGCCGAGUCUGGGACCAAAAGGCUCCUGAACAGCUUCUACCCCCAAGCCAUAAGGCUCCUGAACAGCUUCUACCCCCAAGCCAUAAGGCUCCUGAACAGCUUCUACCCCCAAGCCAUAAGACUGUUGAACAGUUAAUCAAGUGGCUAUCCGGUCUAUUUGCAUUGCCCCUCUUUUUUUUUUUUACUAACUCUCUUGCAAUGACUCUAUGCACACUCACUAGACUCUACCCACACACUACAUACGCUCACACACACUCUCAUGCGUAUUGACGCCACACUUUCAUACACACUUUCAUACACACUCUUCACAUAUAGUGGAUUCGGAAAGUAUUCAGACCCCUUGACUUUUUACACAUUUUGUUACGUUACAGCCUUAUUCUAAAAUGGGUUAAAUUGUUUUUUUCCCUCAUCAAUCUACACACAAUACCCCAUAAUGACAAAGCAAAAACAGGUUUUUAGAAAUGUUUGCAAAUGUAUAAAAAUGUAACUGAAAUAUCACAUUUACAUAAGAAUUCAGACCCUAUACUCAGUACUUUGUUGAAACGCCUUUGGCAGCAAUUACAGCCUUGAGUCUUCUUGGGUAUGACGCUACAAGCUUGGCACACCUGUAUUUGGGGAGUUUCUCCCAUUCUUCUCUGCAGAUCCUCUAAAGCUCUGUCAGGUUGGAUGGGGAGCGUCGCUGCACAGCUAUUUUCAGGUCUGGGCUCUGGCUGGGCCACUCAAGAACAUUCAGAGACUUGUCCCGAAGACACUCCUGCGUUGUCUUGGCUGUGUGCUUAGGGUGAUUGUCCUGUUGGAAGGUGAACCUUCGCCCCAGUCUGAGGUCCUGAGCGCUCUGGAGCAGGUUUUCAUCAAGGAUCUCUCUACUUUGCUCCGUUCAUCUUUCCCUCGAUCCUGACUAGUCUCCCAGUACCUGCCGCUGAAAAACAUCCCCACAGCAUGAUGCUGCCACCACCAUGCUUCACCGUAGGGAUGGUGCCUGGUUUCCAUCAGACGUGACACUUGGCAUUCAGGCCAAAGAGUUCAAUCUUGGUUUCAUCAGACCCGAGAAUCUUGUUUCUCAUUACAUUUACAUUUUAGUCAUUUAGCAGACGCUCUUAUCCAGAGCGACUUACAGUUAGUGAGUGCAUACAUUAUUUUAUUUUAUUUUUUUUUAUUUUUCAUACUGGCCCCCCAUGGGAAUCGAACCCACAACCCUGGCGUUGCAAACGCCAUGCUCAACCAACUGAGCUACAUCCGGCCAUUCCCUCCCCUACCCUGGACGACACUGGGCCAAUUGUGCGCCGCCCCAUGGGUCUCCCGGUCACGGCCGGCUACGACAGAGCCGGUCUGAGAGUCCUUUAGGUGCCUUUUGGCAAACUCCAAGCGGGCUGUCAUGUGCCUUUUACUGGGGAAUGGCUUCCGUCUGGCCACUCUACCAUAAAGGCCUGAUUGGUGGAGUGCUGCAGAGAUGGUUGUCGUUCUGGAAGGUUAUCCCAUCUCUACAGAGGAGCUCUGUCAGAGUGACCAUCGGGUUCUUGGUCACCUCCCUGACCAAGGCCCUUCUCCCCCGAUUGCUCAGAGUGGCCAGCUCUAGGAAGAGUCUUGGUGGUUCCAAACUUCUUCCAUUUAAGAAUGAUGGAGGCCACUGUGUUCUUGUGGACCUUCAAUGCUGCAGAAAUGUUUUGGUACCCUUCCCCAGAUCUGUGCCUCGACACAAUCCGGUCUCGGAGCUCUACAGUUAAUUCCUUCGACCUCAUGGCUUGGUUUUUGCUCUGACAUGCACUGUCAACUGUGGGACCUUAUAUAGACAGGUGUGUGCCUUUCCAAAUCAUGUCCAAUCAAUUGAAUUUACAGCAGGUAGACUCCAAUGAAGUUGUAGAAAUAUUUAAAGGAUGAUCAAUGGAAACCGGAUGCACCAGAGCUCCAUUUUGAGUCUCAUAGCAAAGGGUAUGAAUAGUUAGGUAAAUAAGGUACCAGCCAAAAUAUUUUAGCUUAUUUAGUAAAUAUUUUCUUAACUCUAUUUCUUGAACUGCAUUGUUGUUGGUUAAGGGCUUGUAAGUAAGCAUUUCACGGUAAGGUCUACACCUGUUGUAUUCGGCGCAUGUGACAAAUAAAAUGUGAUUUGAUAUUAAGCAAAACCAGAUGGCACCAUUUUCUUUUUUUAAAUUUACGGAUAGCCAGGGGCACGCUCCAACACUCGGACAUCAUUUACAGAUAGCCAGGGGCACGCUCCAACACUCAGACAUAAUUUACAAACUAAGCGUAUGUGUUUAGUGAGUUCGCCAGAUAAGAGACAGUAGGGAUGACCAGGGAUGUUCUCUUGAUUAUUGCAUGAAUUGGACCAUUUUCCUGUCCUGCUAAGCAUUCAGAAUGUAACAAGCACUUUUGGGUGUCAGGGAAAAUGUAUGGAGUAAAAAGUACAUUUGUUUUUUUUAGGACAAGUGUAAGUUGUAAAAAUGAUCAAUAGUGAAGUACAGAUACCCCCCAAAAAAUGACUUAAGUAGUACAUUGGGAUUAGGGAAAAUAUGAUUUGAAUGGGAAUACAUUUUUCCUCCCCAAAUCGGCAUUUAUAGCCAGAUGAGAGUUGUUUCCGGCAGUAGCUUAGGCUACUUUUAUUCCGGUAAAACACAAUUUUCUACAGUGCAUUUGCUAAAAAAGAACCUAGCAAAUUACACUGGUUGUCACUCAACUAAUAAAGCCUACUAUUGCGCAAGCCAUUGCACAAACAUUUGAAUGCUGAAGGUGCCGCACAGAUGUGCCAGAUUGGGGAAAAGGCCUAUCUCUCGUUGGUCAGCGCGCGAAGCUGCACAAAACGCCCAGUUUGACUAGGCUACUGAUAUUUCCUGAGGUUGUUCAGUAUGCAAAAUGACUUGUAGAUCAGUGACUGUCAACACAAUUACAUGCUUAGUUCGACACUGAAGGAGAGGACGAAGUUGUCACAAAAGAUGAGAGGUAUUUUCGGAAGGUAUAGUAAUUUGAGCAAAAAAAUAUUGUGGACUGACAAUUCGUAACGUUUUUAAUCGAUUUCCUGACUGACGCAUGCUACAUUUGUAUCUGUUUGGGGUCCCGCAGAUCGAUGCACUCCUAUCUUACGCAUCGGUCCCCAGUUCAAAUGUUUAUCUGUGAAUCGUUACAUCUCAAUUAAUUACCCACAUUUUCAACCAUACAUACUCAUUUUAAUCUGACAGUGAAGUUUGGUCAUGCAUGAGACAAGAUGAUGAAUCACCAUUUAGUCUUGAGAGAACAUUUAGGAAAUAGCCAAUGAGUAAAUCAAGGAACACUGAACAAACUGUAAAGAACAAAUUAUCUGCUGCCAGUACCAAGCAAUCUGCACAUCCACUCACCUGUUCUCACGUCUGAGAAAUGGCACUUAUUUUGCAGGUAUCAAUUCACCUCUAUGAAAGGUUGAUGACUAAGAGCAGAGCUGUACACGUCACCUCAGAUUGCCUCUGUCUUCAAGGCUGCUUGUCAUAAUACAGUAAUUCGGAAGAUAUUUGCUUCUGAAUUACCACUUUGCCACACUUGAGUUUUUCAGAUGUCCAAUUUACAGUGCUAGAAUACAUGUUGUGAACAUGUAGUGUGUGACGCACUGACCAGCCGUUUGGAGAAAGGGUUGUUUAUGCAAGAGUCCUUCAGGUCUGAGGAGAGGGGGAGAGGGCACUCUGUAUAUUUCACUUUCAGUAGUAAGCUCUCAUUAUCAUGGGCUCAGCAGCAAGGCCUACUGUAGAUAGAGGAAAAGCUAUAGAGGUCAGAUGUCUAUAAACUCCAAUAACAGCGAUGCAGAUACAGCGCCCUCUGCUGUCUGUAGACCUAGUGAAUGUGGUUAUAGUGAUCAAAUUGUUCUGCAGAUCACUAUAGGAGCAGUACACUGAAGCAGCAUACAUUGCUGCAUUUAUUCAGCCACUGCUUCAACAAGUAGGAUGUUUAGAGGGUUCUGUGACCUGCACUGACCACUGGUUUCAGCAAGCACUGAUGGAGAAUCCUGUUGUUUUGACCUUUCCCCUUUGUGUAGCCUAGAUUCUAGCCAUCUGCCAUGUAGCCUAGAUUGUAAUAUUAAUGUUUACUGAUCUGUAGGCCUAUGUCUGGGAGAUGAGGCUAGUCUGGCAUAUCUGGCAACAGAAGGUCCCAAUAACAUCAGAGAGAAAUGAUCUCAACCCCAGUUAGCGUUCCAUUGUGACUUAAGGUAGUACAUAUGGCAUGUUAUUCUCUCUCUCUCUCUGUCUCUUUGUCCUCCUCCUCCUGUCUGUAGGAGUGGAACGUCACCCGGUUGACCUUUGAGUAUGACUCUGAGCCCUAUGGGAAGGAGAGAGAUGGAGCCAUCAUUAAAAUGGCCCAGGAGUUUGGAGUGGAGACCAUAGUGAGGAAUUCUCACACACUCUACAACUUGGACAGGUUAGUCACUGACUGUCACACUCAGUAGGAAGGGUCCAAUUUGUCAAUUUUUUUAUUUCCCCAUUAUACUGCUUAUCUAACCUUGUCCCAAAUCGGUUUGUGCUGUAUAGCCGCAGGACAAUGACUAUAUGAGUUGGCAAGACGGCACAAACAGAUCUGCGAUCAGGCUAGUGCUUACCUACCCAAGUCAUAUUUUAAGUUGUCUCCCAUUUCCGAUUAGUCCAAUAACAGCACCAAGGGAGGCUGGUGGGAAGAUCUAUAGGAGGACGGGUUCAUUGUAAUGCCUGGAAUCCAAUCAAUGGAAUGGUACCAAACACAUGGAAAUAACGUGUUUGACUCCAUUCCAUUGAUUCCAUUCCAGCCAUUACAAUGAACCUGUCCUCCUAUCACUCCUACCAACAGCCUCCUCUGAUGAGCACAUCCAAUAGUGAUUUGAAUGUUGAGCUCACACUGUUCCCAGUGCUAUUCAACACCUUGUUGGAUAAACCAGAGCAAACUGUCUCCCAGGGAAAAUCUAACUGCACUGGUGCUGUAACACAUCUGAGAUGAUGCUACAUUUUAACUAUGCCAUGGGGACAGCCAGCUGACUGUCUGGUGUCAUCACAACCAGAACAGAACAGUGUGGGAAAUAAACUUACCCCAGCAAUACUGUAAAAUCCCAAAUUAACAGAUUAUUUGACCAGAGAGAAAUCCAUAAGAUUUUGACAGCAUAUUUUGUCUGACCAGUAGGCUAAGCGGCGUCCGUAUACCACCGGAAGUCAAACUAGAGCGCAAUGCAGUGGGUAACAUAAAUGUGAUUCGAUGCUCUAAAGACACAUGCUGCAAACAGAGCUCCAGAGCUCAAAUGGUAAAAGCAUUCACUGACCUAGAACCAGCUGAAAGAGUUUUGAUGUUCUACUUCUUACUAACAGACAGUCCCAUAGAGUCCCAUAGCUCAGUGCUGCCGUCUAUUGGUGGUUUAAUGUAACUGACAGUCACACUUCACAACAUGUGCAGGCUCCAGGCAGUGGGAGGAGGAAAUGGCUGAGCAGGGAGGCAGUCACUGUGGCAGACAUGUGCGUGGCAGGCAGGUGGGAUGGCGGUGCUCAGCCAUUGCAUCCUCUCUGCUGCUGGAUACACAUGGGGGCUUCUGACACGCCUGCUCGGCCCGACCCACAAUAUGAGUUGAUCCAAUAGGAAUACCUCAAAGGGCCCAAACGGCACCAAUAUAGAUGGCCGUUGUAUAAGAUGGGACAUAUUUAUGAGAUGCACGUUGUAACUUAAUCAGGCCAUGGUUAGAGGAUAACUAGGUUGUGCCCUCACCAACAAUGCUUUGUUCUGUUAUGAGUCAUGAUGUUGGCAGAUUAAAAAAAAUAUAUACUUUGAUGUACUUUAUGUAUAAACUGUAUAUGAGUAAUGGAGAAGAUGAAUAACAACUUGAUAACUAAUGAUCCAAUCCAGUACCAUUACUAUGUUUACUUUACAAGUUGACUAUCAAUCAUUUAUACUGUAAGUUUUUAGAUGGUACAGAAUGUCAGACUGAAAAGUACAACUGUAUUGAUAUUAUCAUGUUUUGAAUUGUGCUGAGAAAUGAUGUACCGGGCAGUUAAUUUAAACAACCAAUUUGCUGACGUGCAAAGAUCACCACAUCAGUAUCAAUUGGCAUUUCAAAAAGUAAUGUUCUGUUUUUAAUCCUUAAAUGUUUUAAUUAUUUCUACCUCUACCUUUACGCCGUUAUCUUCAGGAUCAUUGAGCUGAACAACUGCCCUCCGCUCACGGUCAAGAAUCACCCGUGCGUUUUCUUCACAGCAUCACUUCAUCACAUCAACAGUAUUAUUAUGGACAUUUCAACAAAGUUACCUCGGGCCUGGUAUUCACAAAACGUCUCGGAGUAGAAGUGCUGAUCUAGGAUCAGUUUUGCCUUUUUUAGAUCGUAAUGAAUAAGAUAACAAGGGCAGGGUGAGGACCUGAUCCUAGGGCAGGGUGAGGACCUGAUCCUAGGGCAGGGUGAGGACCUGAUCCAAGGGCAGGGUGAGGACCUGAUCCUAGGGCAGGGUGAGGACCUGAUCCUAGGGCAGGGUGAGGACCUGAUCCUAGGGCAGGGUGAGGACCUGAUCCUAGGGCAGGGUGAGGACCUGAUCCUAGGGCAGGGUGAGGACCUGAUCCAAGGGCAGGGUGAGGACCUGAUCCUAGGGCAGGGUGAGGACCUGAUCCAAGGGCAGGGUGAGGACCUGAUCCUAGGGCAGGGUGAGGACCUGAUCCUAGGGCAGGGUGAGGACCUGAUCCAAGGGCAGGGUGAGGACCUGAUCCUAGGGCAGGGUGAGGACCUGAUCCAAGGGCAGGGUGAGGACCUGAUCCUAGGGCAGGGUGAGGACCUGAUCCUAGGGCAGGGUGAGGACCUGAUCCAAGGGCAGGGUGAGGACCUGAUCCUAGGGCAGGGUGAGGACCUGAUCCUAGGGCAGGGUGAGGACCUGAUUCUAGGUCAGCAUUCCUACUCUGAGACGCUUUAUGAAUACGGUCCCAUAUCUCAAUAUGUUUUAAUCUCACUAUCCUUCAUGUUUCUACUGUUGUCAGGGUCAUUGAGAUGAACAACGGCAGUCCCCCGCUGACCUUCAAGAGGUUCCAGGCCUUAGUGAACAGGCUAGAGCUACCAAUGAAACCCCUGCCCACAAUCACACAAGAACAGAUGGACAGUUGUCGGACGAAGAUCGCUGACAACCACGACGAACACUACAGCGUCCCCUCUCUGGAAGAGCUCGGUAAUCAAUCAAUCAAUCAAUCAAAUGUAUUUUAAAGCCCCUUUGACAGCAGCAAUCACAUAGUACAUUUAGAGUAACCCUGCAUAGACUCCAUCCAGACCAUGUGAAAUAAUUACAUUCAAUUAUGGAUUGUCAUUUUGACUUGGGUGUACCAUAUAUUUUUUUAUCACCUGUUAAAACAAUUUAUAUAAUAAUAAUAUGCCAUUUAGCAGACGCUUUUAUCCAAAGCGACUUACAGUCACGUGUGCAUAAAUUUUUACGUAUGGGUGGUCCCGGGGAUCGAACCCACUACCCUGGCGUUACAAGCGCCAUGCUCUACCAAUUGAGCUACUAUAAUAGUGCUAGUCACUAAUGCAUUUAUACCAUUGAGUUCUCCAGAACUGUAACAUCCUGUUAAUUACCAUGUACUGUCUGUGAGGCAAAAUGUAGUCACAGUGUACAUGGCAUCUGACUGUUCUGUUCUCCAGGAUUCAAGACUCAAGGCCUGAACCCUGCGGUGUGGAAGGGAGGGGAGUCUGAAGCGCUAGAGAGACUCAACAAACACUUAGACAGAAAAGCCUGGGUGGCUAACUUUGAGCGACCCAGGAUCAACAUGUGUUCGCUGAUCGCCAGCCCCACAGGCCUCAGCCCCUACCUACGCUUUGGAUGCUUAUCAUGUCGAGUCUUCUACUACAACCUGAGGGAACUCUACAUGAAGGUACCGAGCGCUUUGAUAACCACAAUGGAGAUCUUUUUAUAAGAAAACAUGUUGGUGUUUGUUGGAAUGGGAUAAAGAAGCUAUUUGAUCAUGUAAUGGUAAUAUCGAUGUAAAAUACCAUUUGUUUCUCCUUGCUCUCUGUGGUAUAGGCUGGGUUACUGUAAAGCACAACUGCUGAUGGAAAAAGUGAUUUUGAUUGAUUGGUGUUUCUCUAUCCAUCCCUCCCACUCAGUUGCGGAAGCAUUGCAGCCCCCCGCUCUCUUUAUUCGGCCAGCUUCUGUGGAGAGAAUUCUUCUAUGCAGCGGGCACCAACAAUCCAAACUUCGACCGGAUGGAGGGCAACCCCAUCUGUGUUCAGAUCCCCUGGGACCAUAACCCUGAGGCCCUGGCCAAGUGGGCAGAGGGGAGCACAGGCUUCCCCUGGAUAGACGCUAUCAUGACCCAGCUGAGGCAGGAGGGUUGGAUCCACCACCUGGCCAGACACGCUGUGGCCUGCUUCCUGACCCGGGGAGACCUGUGGAUCAGCUGGGAGAGCGGCAUGAGGGUAGGUUAGAUUCCCUUAACUCCAGUAGUUUAAGUCAACUUUUUCUGCAUUGGAGGAGAAGAUCCAAGGUCUCCCUUUUGACCUUCUCCUCCAAUGGGCUUUGAGAAGGAGGCGAGGAGAGGGCGUGCAAGGAAUCAAAGACUAAUUGAGAAAGAACCAGUGUCACCCAACGUGAACUACCAUGCCAUAACAAAGGUUGUGGAGAAGCUUUAGUAUAUUAGGAGGACACGUAGCAGUAACCUGUAAAGCUUGUCAUCAGUGUAGGUAGCUCUGGCCAGUGUAGGUAGCUCUGGCCAGUGUAGGUAGCUCUGGCCAGUGUAGGUAGCUCUGGGAUAAGCCACAAAGCCUGUCAAUGUCUUAUAUCAUGUAACGCUGGGGCUUUUCUCUAGUCGUUUGUCCAGGUGUUAGAAGAGCUUUUACUGAAUACAGUGUCAACACACAGUGUUUACUUUACCUUAGUACUUCCAUAAAGCAAUCCACACACACAAAGACAUUGGGGGUUUACGUUGACAAGGGAAAACGUGGGGAUUUAAUGUAUAUAAAAAGCAGAAAGACAUAACGUGAGACGGUAGUGGUGCCGCUUCCCUGGUAUCUACUGUAUUCUGUGCUGGUUGGUUCUGCCUGUCAGGUGUUCGAGGAGCUGCUGCUGGAUGCAGACUGGAGUGUGAACGCAGGCAGCUGGAUGUGGCUCUCCUGCAGUGCCUUCUUCCAGCAGUUCUUCCACUGUUACUGCCCUGUGGGCUUCGGAAGGAGGACCGACCCCAGCGGAGACUACAUCAGGUACACACACUGACCUAUGGGGUUCGGACAGAGGACAGUGAUUGGUCUGUGAUUACCGCGUAUGUGCUUUGGCUGAAUAAUUCAAUAAACUAUUGAUCCAGAGAGGGGAAAUUGGAUCUUUCACUAAUGUAAGACUCAUACAGGCACAAUAAAGACACACAGGCAUAUUUCAGAACACAUUGAUCUGAGCACUAAUGGCAGGGUUGAGUAUCAACUGGUUGUGGGUCUGGCUGUGCUUUGGGUCUGCCUGUGGUCCCAGGACUGGAACCUGGUCGGCAGAUGGGUCAAGGACAGGGCCGGACAUUGGACUCCGGGCUAGUGCUGGGUCUGGCAAUGGGCCAAGGUCAGGCAUAUCUGCAAGGGCAACAGGUGUAGUAGGGAUCUGGACCAGAGUUGAGUCCGGUGAUGGCUGGUCCAGGAGACACACUGGCUGGGGUGUCAGUUGUUGUGUCCGCUCAGGCACCAGUGGCAGGCUAGAGCGCUGGCAGCUGCUGGUCAGGCUGCAGCACUGGCAACGGCCCGUCUGGCUCCGGUGCUGCUCGUGGUAUCACCGGCUGGGGUGUAGAAUGGAGCUUGGCCAGAUGCUGGAACGACUUGAGCCUCUGUGGCUGUCACGAGGCAGGCUCGAGCACUGGCAGUCACUGGCCUGACUACACCACUGGAGCGCGUUGGACACCAAGACUGGGUGCAGCUCUGGCAACUGCUCGGCAGGCUCUAGGGCUGGCGCCGUGGAGGCUGGGUUGGUUCCGGCUGCUGGGCAGGAACAGGACUCAGGACUUAUACUGCAGGUCUUCUGAGCCUGCGUAGUGCCAUGGUCUCCCUGAAGAAGUUCUGGUAGGCCUCCAACUGCUGUCUGACCCGCUCCUUUCUGUAGGGGAACAGCAACCUGAGGUAAGACCUCUCCAUGGCUCCAGUCUGCUGGACUUCCCAGUCCUCAUGGCUCCAGUCUGCUGGACUUCCCAGUCCUCAUGGCACCAGUCUGCUGGACUUCCCUGUCCUCAUGGCUCCAGUCUGCUGGACUUCCCAGUCCUCAUGGCUCCAGUCUGCUGGACUUCCCAGUCCUCAUGGCUCCAGUCUGCUGGACUUCCCAGUCCUCAUGGCUCCAAUCUGCUGGACUUCCCAGUCCUCAUGGCUCCAGUCUGCUGGACUUCCCUGUCCUCAUGGCUCCAGUCUGCUGGACUUCCCUGUCCUCAUGGCUCCAGUCUGCUGGACUUCCCUGUCCUCAUGGCUCCAGUCUGCUGGACUUCCCAGUCCUCAUGGCUCCAGUCUGCUGGACUUCCCAGUCCUCAUGGCUCCAGUCUGCUGGACUUCCCAGUCCUCAUGGCUCCAGUCUGCUGGACUUCCCAGUCCUCAUGGCUCCAGUCUGCUGGACUUCCCAGUCCUCAUGGCUCCAGUCUGCUGGACUUCCCAGUCCUCAUGGCUCCAGUCUGCUGGACUUCCCAGUCCUCAUGGCUCCAGUCUGCUGGACUUCCCAGUCCUCAUGGCUCCAAUCUGCUGGACUUCCCUGUCCUCAUGGCUCCAAUCUGCUGGACUUCCCUGUCCUCAUGGCCCCAGUCUGCUGGACUUCCCAGUCCUCAUGGCUCCAAUCUGCUGGACUUCCCAGUCCUCAUGGCUCCAGUCUGCUGGACUUCCCAGUCCUCAUGGCUCCAAUCUGCUGGACUUCCCUGUCCUCAUGGCUCCAGUCUGCUGGACUUCCCAGUCCUCUUCUUGCCAGCGUGUGCACCUCGUCUGGGGCAUGGCAUGCGGCAUGAAUUGCAUCCUGUCUCCACUGGUCAUGUCCCAGGCCAAUUGCACCUAUCCGGCUCGAAAGACCAGUUGGUGGCGUUCUUUUUCAAGUACAAUUCCUAAAUCAGUAGAAUAAACAAUCAAUGGAAUCAAUAGAAUAAACUGCAUAAACCGGAGAUCAUAUGAAUCAGUUCUAUAUGUAAUUCUAUGGCAUAAACGAUAACAAUGAAUGUCUUUAACAUAUCUGUGAUUGUCUAUCUUUCAGGCGCUACAUUCCUAAGUUGAAGGACUAUCCCAACCGAUACAUCUAUGAGCCGUGGAGAGCCCCAGAGUCUGUCCAGAAGGCAGCCAAAUGCAUCGUGGGAGUGGACUACCCCCAGCCCAUGAUCAACCACGCAGAGGGCAGCAGGCUCAACAUAGAGAGGAUGAAGCAGGUCUACCAGCAACUCUCCCACUACAGAGGCCUCAGUGAGUCUAACUUAUAUUAUUUAACCUUGAUUUAUACAGGUGAACAAGUUAAGAACAUAGUUAUUUACAAUGACAACCUAGGAUCAAGCUCUGAAGACGGCAGCAGUAGAAAAAGUCCACCUCACACGUCCUCACUAAAGGCCCCAUGUGGCCGAGACAUCUGAGGUUGGUUACAGUGGUCGUGUUCAGUGGGGAGAGGUUUUGUCCAAUAACGCCGCAGAUUUUUGGUUUCCGUUGAAAACCGUUUCGCUGUGGUUUGCCCUAUUGAACUCGAGUCACGACCAUGGUUUGGUUUCUUUUCAUAUAGUCUGAAAGGGGCUCUUUCUCGUCUGAAACCACAUCCUGGUUCUCUCACAGUUCCUGCUGAGAUAACUGUAGCAUUUUGGCUCUUAUGGGUAAUCUUUUAACGGCCCCCAGCUCCACCAUACUCCUCCUGUCAUUUCUCUAAGAGCUGCAUGUCUGUCAUGAUGACCCCACUCUGUCUGUCCAUUAUGUCUUCUCUCACUGAUCAUGUAUCAGAAGCAUUAUGGUUACAACAGAAGUACCGUACAUCCACUGUUGCAGGGAAUGGAUAGCUGCAUGUAUGCAUGCAUGCAGGUCAGGGGUAGACACUUCAUGUUUUAACCGACCUGGAAGACUAGGUGUGUUGAAUUUAGGCAAUCGUUGAACUGAUCAAUUAGCUUAGUAGCUCAGUGUGGUGCCUGGCUGGGACAAAAUCCUGCAAUCCCUGAGUCACUCCAGGAACACUCCAAGUUCUGCUGUCUUAUGGAUGGGGCUGUCAGUCUGUCUGAGUUCUAACAGCACAGAAUAGCAUAGCAUCCUGUUUCAUGAAGCACAUCUCCUGGUUUAUUCUAUGGCCCUAGAGAGCCUCCUAGUUGUUUUUACAUUGGAUGAUUUGCCCUUGUUAUGUUUUCAUGCUGCAUCAGUCGUUAUGUAGGCUAUUUCCAGUCAGUGGCUGCCAUGGUAACAUUGACUUAACGUUGGUCUGUGUCUGUCUGUCAGGUCUCCUGGCAUCUGUGCCCACCAUUCAGGAAGAGGCGGAGCCUCCCCCGACAGACGACUCUCAGGCCAGCAGCAGCACCUGUGGUAUGUUGGACGGUGUAGUUCGUAUUUUGUAGUCUUUUAUUUUUAUUUAUCCUUUAAUUAACCAGGGAAGUCCUGAUCAAGAAAGCAGCAUUUUUCACAUUUUAGUUGCUGCUUAGUUGGAUAAAUAAAAAACAAGCAAAUCAUUUGGAAUUUGAUCACUUGAAGCUACCAACACAAUGACAUUGGCUUUUCUUUUCUUAAAGUUUCAAUGCAUCAGCUAGACAAGGAAAUGUCGUCUUUAUAACAGAAAGUGAAUGAUAAAUGUACAGGAAUAGACAUUACUAAUCUAAACUCUACUGAAUGCAGAUUCACCCCCACACACUUCGUCUGCCCAGUCCAACACUCUGAAGAGAGGCAGGCCCUCUGAACCACAAAGCACCCAGACGUGCACCCACACAAAACACCUGCACACCAGCCCUAGCAAAGACCAGGAGCAGCAAUGGGAGGAACAGUCAGAACAUCAGCCCGUGGAUCUGCAGUGACACACGGUAAUUAGCCA